ACUCGAACUGAUUGUCUAAAUAAACAAAUGCAACUAGAGCUAAUCAUAGUGUGUCUGCUGGUAAGCUCUCGCUGCUGUCUUGGGCAAAGUCAAGGCAGCUUGAGGAUUAUCAAUGGAGCAGCCGCAAAGCAAAAACAGUUUCCCUACCAGGUGGCAUUGCAGGUCUACUUCACCAACUCUGGAGGGGAGCCGAGCACCUGUGGUGGCACAAUUAUAUCGCCACGUUGGAUACUAACUGCUGCCCAUUGUUUGCAAGAGCCGAAGACAGUUCUGCAAAAGAUACUUGUGAUCGCUGGUGCUGUCAAUUUGACAACACAAAAUUCCCCUGGCUCUGUGCAAAUGUGGAUUAAAAAGAGUGACACUAUCGUUCACCCAAAUUAUGAUCGUGGCACGGUCGCCUUUGAUAUUGGACUCAUCAAGUUGCCGCGUGAGCUUAAGAUGUCUGACUCCAUAAGAGCCGCCAAGUUGCCCAAACGCAAAGAUAAAGCUUUGUACGUGGGUCGAACCGCAAUUGUCUCGGGCUGGGGUUUAAUGGCUAAGCAGCAGACCACUGAUUUAUUGCAAUAUCUAACUGUAAAGAUAAUUUCGAAUAAGCAGUGCGAACAGGCGUGGAAUGAUCAACUGAAGGGCGAUAAAAAGCUGAUGCUGAACUCCUUUUUGUGCACUGAUUCCAGCAAAGGAUUGCCCUGCCUUGGCGACUCCGGUGGACCUUUGGUGUUGGCCGAUGGCUCACGAACUAUAGUUGGAAUAGUUUCACAUGGCUACGAUGAGAAGUGUGUCAUCAGGGUACCAGAUAUAUUUACACGCGUCUCUUCGUUUCGCAAUUGGAUUGAGAAAUAUACGGGGCAAUUAGCCUAGUUAGAUAGUUGGGAAUUGAAAUAUUGUAUUCGUUUUUCUUUUCAAACAUGUGCUUUAUUCUUAUUACUCAUACAAACUCCGUACACUCCCCUUUCUCCCAUACUUUCAUAAUAUUUUCUUUAUGUUUUCUUUGUGGCUUUGCUAAAUUUGUUGUUAUCGUUUUUGUUUUUUGUUGUUUAUGGCUGAUAGUGUUAAACAAUUUGCUUAUGAUAAUGUUUGAAUGUACUCUUUGUGGGUUUUGUUGUAUCGCUUACGUGUGGCUAAUGUUGCUGAUUAAUCAUGAAUUCAUUUGUUUAUUA